GGAGGUGCGCCCGUGAUUUGUGAGGUGCAAGGCGCUUGCUUGACAGUCCCAAACAAUGAGAAGGGGGAGUGUGCGGAGGGGAGGCAAGCGGGGCAAAGGAGCCUCCCCGGCCAAGCUAAGCAUCAGAGGCAGCAGCAGCAGCAGCAACAGCAGACAACCCACCCAAGCAACCACACACACACACACACACACACCCCUCUCCCUCAGAUAUCAUUUCAGAUUAGGAGGCAAAAGGGGGAGAGCGAGCGAGAGAGCGCGCGGCGGAGAUACCCUUUCCCCCCUUCUAAAAAGUAUAAAUAAUGCCUUGCUGGCCCCCAAUGAGGCGUUCCUUCCCGACUUUUUUGGAUCAAUCAAACAGACAGUGGCUUCUUUUGAUUAAAGCCCAAAUUGUCAUUGGGCAGAGGCAAUCAUGUGACAGCCAAUUCGGUCCAAUUUCAACCUUGUCUCCAUGAAUUCAAUAGUUUAAUAGUAGCACGGUCCCCAUACGGCUGUAAUCAGUGAAUUAGAAAAAAAACACCCCACCAGCGAUCUUCUAUGAUAUUUUUUUUCCUUCUCUCUCUCUCCCUCUCCCUCUUCCUUUCUCUCCCUCUCUCUCGGUUUUUUCCCCUCCCCCCCUUUUCCUGGGCCUUGCUCCCCCCUCCCCCUCCCAGAAGCGCUAAAUAAGAGGGAACUUUUUCUCCAAGGGGGCUGCGAGUUGAAGGCCAUGAAUUUCGAAUUUGAGCGAGAGAUUGGUUUUAUCAAUAGUCAGCCAUCGCUCGCUGAGUGCCUGACAUCUUUUCCCCCUGUCGGUGAUACAUUUCAAAGUUCAUCAAUCAAGAACUCGACGCUUUCACACUCGACACUGAUUCCUCCUCCUUUUGAGCAGACCAUCCCCAGCCUGAACCCAGGCAGCCACCCUCGCCACAGCAGCAGCAGCCGCCCCAAGCACAGCCCCAAUGCCAGCAGCGGCAGCCCAGUGCCAGCCGGCGCCCUCCAGCCUCCGGAAUACCCCUGGAUGAAAGAGAAAAAAGCCUCCAAGAAAACUGUCCUGCCGCCUCCUUCGGCCUCCGCCACUGGACCAGCCUGCCUGAGCCACAAAGCAGAAUCUCUGGAGAUCUCCGAAAAUGGGACCGGGGGCUCCAGGAGGUUGAGGACUGCUUAUACCAACACGCAGCUCUUGGAGCUGGAGAAGGAAUUCCAUUUCAACAAGUACCUCUGCAGACCGAGGAGGGUGGAGAUCGCCGCUCUCCUGGACCUGACCGAGAGGCAAGUCAAGGUGUGGUUUCAGAACAGGAGGAUGAAGCACAAGAGGCAGACCCAGUGCAAGGAGAACCAGAACAGCGAAGGGAAAUUCAAAGGCUUGGAGGAUCCCGAGAAAGCAGAAGACGACGACGAGGAGGAGGAAGAGGAGGAGGAGGAGAAGUCCCUCUUCGAGCAAGCCCUCAACAAUGUAUCAGGCGCCCUUUCGGAAAGGGAAGGCUACACUUUUCAGCAGAAUGCACUAGCGCAACAGCAGGCUGUCACUGUCCACAAUGGAGAGUCCCAAAGUUUCCCAGUUUCGCCUUUAACGAGCAAUGAGAAAAAUCUGAAACAUUUUCAGCAUCAGUCACCCACUGUUCCCAACUGCCUGUCAACAAUGGCCCAGAACUGUGCAGCUGGCCUGAACAAUGACAGUCCUGAGGCCCUGGAGGUCCCUUCUUUACAGGACUUCAGCGUUUUCUCCGCAGAUUCCUGCCUACAGCUCUCCGACGCCGUCUCCCCCAGUUUGCCAGGGUCCCUCGACAGCCCUGUAGAUAUUUCAGCUGACAGCUUUGACUUUUUUACAGAUACACUCACCACAAUUGACUUGCAGCAUCUGAAUUACUGAGAAAUGACAGACCAACUUUUUCGAAAAGGGUUAUUUCCCCCCCUCUCCUUUUCCUUUUUUUGGGGAGAGCGGGAGGGGGAGGGGGAUGACUUGAUUUAAUUUCUUUCCCUUUUCCUGGUCAGUAUUUUCCUGUUUAUUUUUAUUUUUCCUUCUCGGUGUGUUGGAGAGCUUAUUUUGCCGUUUGCCUAUGACACUUUCAGUUGUGCUCGGUUUAAAGCCUAGUCCCAUUCUAGGUCCUUCUAUGAAAAAGCAAUAUAUAAGGCCUGUAAGAAAGUGAUCAUAUCAAAAUUGUAUCUUCACUUUCUUUUUAUUUUUGUAUUACAUUAGGAUGCGUUGUCAUAAGUAUUUUUGGUAGAAUAAAUUCUUGUUUGCUACAAGCACUUUUCUUAUCUCUUUCUCUCUCUCUUUCUCUGCUUCAUACAAGGAAGUUAAUCUCUGCCCCUCCCCUAGUUCUGAAAUAAAAUUUAAAAACAACAACACAAUUUGGUCACAACCUUCGUCCUUUUUCGUUAGAAAUAUAUUUAUUAGGGGGGAAGCCAGCGGUAAAUGAUGGAUUUCCAAAGUUCUCAAUAGUCAAAUAGGUGGAAGAGAGAAAAAAUAAACAUAAAAUAACUCCAAAACUAUAUCCCCCAGAAGCACAAGUUAAAAUGUUUCUGUGCUAUCGCAAACGUUUUAUUAUAGUAUAGGUUGAAUAUAUCGUAACAUUAUAAAAAAAUUCUCUUCUACGUUUUAACUGAUAUUGUAUUAUAGGCAGAAUAUAUCAUAUUAUUGCAAGUGGAAACAAAAAGCACUACAGCAAGCCUUGCUGCAUAAACGGCCAGAAAUCGACAGAAGUGUAUACUGGUUUCUACUAUUGAACGCUAUUUUUAACUAUUUCUUUUGCGACCCGUGUCUUGGAAGGGGGGGAGGGAUGGUGGUGUUGUGGGGAGUCAGAACUGAGAAAGGAAGGCGUUUGAUGGAUUCUCCAGCUGUCCGAAGGCCCAGAGAAAAGAAACCUAAAAGAGAGGAAACCAGAGGAGAGAAUUAAAACACACGCACACGCGGUUAGGAUGUAUGCAAGGCAUAUGAUAAAUCGCUUUCAAAUCCUGUGGUUUUCGCUAGGUCUAGCGAACAAAAGCUGUUGGAGGGCACCGAGUCCUACUGGAACUGGACUAACAAGUGUAGAGUCAUGAGGUCCGUUUAAAAGUGCUACCAGGCGGGGAUAGCUGUGUGUAUUCUCUAAUCCGAUUUCAAUUCGGAUUGUUAGCAAAAUCCAGUGUGCCUUUUUUUAAAAAAGCUUUUUUUUUUUGCCCCACAGCCUAUCAGUAGGUGUUAGCAUACAUCUUCGUGUUCAUGCAGAUAUGCCAGCGUAGAUAUUUAUAGCCCGCUCCUUAAGAACUUCCCCAGAUCUUUGCAAGCGCGGAUUUCCUGGUUGCUCUCCUAUGCGGGCGUUUGUUGUGGCCGUCGUUGGCUUCCCUGUUUUGCAAACCCCCUCUAAGUGGGGUGGCGCUGAGCUGCGUGGGUAAUAGCUGGAAGGACUGGAUGCAAUUCUUCCUAAAGUCAUAAAUCAAACGCUUUCUGUGAAUGAGAAUGUCAUCAAAGAGAUCAAUUGCAGGACCACAUGCACAAAUAAAAAUCCUCUUACGUAUUUGCUCGGGCUGGGGAUCCCCGUCUAAAACCAUUAAGCUAGGAGGCGGUUAGUCAUAAUUCAUUUUUAUUGCUCUGUUAAAACAACAGCUUGGCUAAGCUUCAGGUGCGGCAGGGAAUCCCGGGCGCUCUCCCGCUCUUUUUCGCUCCCCCACCCGCUUUUUGCUAAGGGUUUGCCUGGUUUGUGAUACAGAAAACUCCACUCCGGGCGUGCAUUUCGGAACGUUUUCCUUUUAUACAGAGAAGGCAGCGCUUAGGUUUAUUGGGGGGGGGAGCCUCCGGUUCAAAGAACAAAAGAAG